ACUAGUGCAUGAACCCAUCCACGUGCCUCUCCAUCACUUUCUCUUUUCUUUUAUUUUUUUUAAUAAAAAAAAACAUAUUUAUUUCAUAGAAAUAUUUUUAUUAAUUUAUCAUCCCCUUCUUCUCGAUAUACUCUUUUUUCAAGUCACUCUUAUUUUCAUUUGCCAUAGCAAAUUGUUUUGUUGUAUCAGAAAAGAAAAAAAAAAAAGAGUUUUUGUAGCUCUUUUAUCAAAGAAAAUAAUAAGGGUAAAAUUAAUUGAGUGUAAUUAGGGAAAUUCAAUACAAUAGAAAUUCUGCAACCCAGAAACCCAGAAACAGAGGAAAAGGUGUGAAGAAGAAGAAGGAACGAAGCGGCGCCGUUUUGUGACGCUGAUUUGUUAUCUCAUCAAAUUGGGUGCAUUUGUGGGGAAUUUGGGUUGAUUUGUAUUUAAAUCUAGUGAAAUAGAAAUGGCAUUCGAUCAAAACUCAAUGCCAAUGGAUCUAAGACCUUUAAAUGUAGCUCGCAUUGGUGGUGAGGAAACCCCCAUUGCCCCAUCAUCUGUAACAACCUCAGGUCGCCCUUUUGAUGGGUUCUUUCCGAGCCCGAACCCGAACCUGAACCCGGCCCGUGUGGACAUCAAUACCCAUCCUUCAAUGCGUUUGUACUACAAUGAUAAUCCUGGUGGUGCUGGGUUUCCCAGCAUGGGGCCAAGCAUGGGGCCCAGCAUGGGGUUUGUGAACCCUGGUGGAUCUAAUCACGGUCAGGCUGUUUGGUGGGCCCCGCGAAUGCCAAGUCCGGUGGUUGCACCACCGCCUAGUAGCAGUGGCGGUAUUAGCUCACCGGGGUAUGCAUACAGCCCGAAUUCGGGGACCAGGGUAAGUGGGAUUGGGAAUGGUACUGCAACGGGUCUCGACCAAAUGAAUGAUGAUGGGGGUGAUGAUUCGGUGUCAGGGAGGAAGGUAAAAUUCUUGUGUAGUUUCGGGGGGAAGAUACUACCUCGGCCCAGUGAUGGAAUGCUUAGGUAUGUUGGUGGGCAAACCCGGAUUAUUAGUGUUAGAAGGGAUGUAACAUUUAGUGAGUUGGUUCACAAGAUGAUGGAUACAUAUGAGCAACCUGUUGUGAUCAAAUAUCAGCUCCCAGAUGAAGAUCUGGAUGCACUCGUGUCUGUUUCAUGCCCCGAUGAUCUUGAUAAUAUGAUGGAGGAGUAUGAGAAGUUGAAAGAGAGGUCUCCUGAUGGAUCUGCCAAGCUUAGGGUGUUUUUGUUCUCUGCUUCAGAGCUUGAUCCUUCAGGCUUGGUGCAAUUGCGAGGUUUGCGAGAUACUGGGCAAAGAUAUGUGGAUGCUGUGAAUGGGGUCGCAGAAGGUGUUCUUGGUGGUAUCACAAGGAAGGAAAGUAUGGCAAGUGUAGCUUCAACUCAGAAUUCUGAUGUUAGUGGGUCAGAGGUCUUUGAGACAGCUGCUGGUCAAGAUGUUAGUGUACCGCCAUCUGCCAACAUGUUUUCUCCUAGAAGUGAUUCUGCUGCCUCCUAUGAUAAUACCCCAAGAUUGGAGAUUCCUGCUCCGCCCUUAAUUGUUCCUGUAGGUGUUUCUCCUCACUCAGUAACAACCUCACAACCCGAGGUUGAGCGAGCAGCUCCUGUUUCAGCACAUGGGCAGCAACAAACUCUGGGAUAUGAUUUGCAGCAACCAGGCUUAAAUUUGCAACCUCGCAAUCCCCCCUAUUUGGGUGGCUAUAUAGAUCCUCAUCAAGAUGCAAUGAACCGUGUAGGCUCGCAAAUGGUUUAUGCAAAUCCUCAACUCUUGGGAGCUCCAAGACCCAUGUUCAUGCAUCCACAAUAUCGUGAUAGUUCCCCAAAUUUAAUGAACCAGCAAUUUAUGCCUGGAGUACAAAUGACAAUGGCUCCUCCUUCUUCCCAUUUGAGCAUGAACCCUAAUAUUCUUCAGCCAUUAGUACAACCAUCACAGAGGAUGGUUGCCGUUCCUGCUGAUCCUAGCUAUAGCAAUGUAUACCAAACUCCAGCUGGCGGGGGUUAUGGGUGGCAACAAGUUACUCCACAAGAUCAUACAGCCUUCUCUGAGGGAUGGAUGUCACGUCAACAAGUAGUCCCCACAAUGGCAGACUGCUAUAUGUGCCAAAAGGCGCUGCCUCAUGCACAUUCGGAUACCGUUGUACAGGACCAGAAAGUUAAUCAAUCAACCAAUGUCUCUGAUACAAACCCUAUUUAUCAAAGCCUUCGUCUGGAUGAUAUUACUAGAUUGCAUGCAGCGGCUCUACAGAAUCAGGGUUUGAUGGGGUUAGCAAGUGAUGCACAGACUCCUCAGAGUGCAGUUAGGGGAAAUGCUCCUGUGUCUAGUCCAGAAGAUGCUAUCCAACAGAAUUUGGUGAGCAAACCUGUCCUUGGUGAUGCUAACGCUCUCAAUGGUGUAGCAUACAGUGCUCCUGAACAAUUUGUUACUGAAACAUCAAAAGACUAUUCUGCAAAGGUUCCUGGUGCAAGACCAGUGGAUUUCAGAAUGGAGAAUCUCCAAAUAAAUCCUAGUAUUGAACAAGGUAAGUCACAUAUUGAUCAACUUAGGAAAGAUGAUAUUUUGGAGCAUGUGCCUCCACACACAUUGGUGCGAGAGACCUUGCCAAAUGAUGCCUUCAAUAGACCUGCACUACCUCAAGACACCAGUCAGACGAAUCAAAGUGAAAUGCUGCCAUGUUCUGUUGCAGACGUUCAAUAUCAGUGUAAUGAAUUCUCUCGUGGUUAUGAUAUGAGAUCUGAUGCUACACAUUUUCCAGCUGAGACUAUUGUUUUAAACAAUAAUGGGCAGCCUCCGAUAUCUCCCCGUAAUUGGGGUGCAAUUGGGAAUGAUUCCACAAACUCAUUGUUUAGUAACCAAGACCCCUGGAAUAUGCAACAUGAGACUCAUUUCCCACCUCCUAAACCUGGUAAAACUCCUACAAAAAGAGAGGCAUCUGCUGCUGACAAUCGUCAAAAUGGAGAAUUAAAUGCAGAAACAAAUUUUAUUGAUGUCCUGCCGGCAACAGAACAAGUUCAAUCUGGCAAAGGUUCGUCUGAAGAGCGGAUCAAGCAACAGCUUCAAGCAACAGCUGAAGGGGUUGCAGCUUCAGUUCUGCACUCAUCUGUACCAUCUAAUGUUGACUUCUCAUCACAAGAGACGAGUAUGUCUGAAGCGAGCCAUGAGAUUGAAGGACAGACUAAUAGUGAUGCUGUUAUACAGACUAAGAUGGAGGCCAUGAAUAUUAAAUCUGAAAAGGCAAAUUUGGGCUUUCCAAUCUCAGAUGGCCUUGGUCGCUUGCAGAUUAUCAAGAACAAUGAUCUUGAAGAACUGCGGGAACUAGGUUCUGGCACCUUUGGUACUGUUUAUCAUGGAAAAUGGAGAGGAACUGAUGUUGCUAUUAAGCGAAUCAAUGAUAGAUGUUUUGCUGGCAAGGCUUCUGAGCAAGAACGCAUGAGAGAUGACUUUUGGAAUGAAGCCAUCAAACUAGCUGACUUGCACCAUCCAAAUGUGGUAGCUUUCUAUGGUGUGGUGCUUGAUGGUCCUGGUGGUUCUGUGGCAACAGUUACUGAGUAUAUGGUUAAUGGUUCUCUUAGAACUGCCUUGCAGAAAAAUGAAAGGAAUCUUGAUAAAAGAAAGCGGCUUUUGAUUGCCAUGGACGUGGCUUUUGGAAUGGAAUAUCUACAUUCAAAAAAUAUAGUGCACUUUGACCUUAAGAGUGACAACUUGCUUGUCAAUCUUCGAGAUCCACAUAGACCCAUAUGUAAGGUUGGUGAUUUGGGUCUGUCCAAAGUCAAAUGUCAAACAUUAAUAUCAGGAGGAGUGCGAGGUACCCUUCCUUGGAUGGCACCCGAGCUCCUGAAUGGCAGCAGCAGCCUAGUCUCUGAAAAGGUUGAUGUAUUCUCUUUUGGCAUCGUCAUGUGGGAGCUUCUUACCGGAGAAGAACCAUAUGCUGACUUGCAUUAUGGAGCAAUUAUUGGAGGUAUCGUGAGCAACACCUUGAGACCGCCAGUCCCUGACAACUGUGACCCAGAAUGGAGAUCACUGAUGGAGAGAUGCUGGUCUGCUGAGCCACCAGAGAGGCCGAUAUUUACCGAGAUUGCCAACGAGUUGCGCUGUAUGGCCACGAAGAUUCCGGCAAAGGGGCAAACACCAACUACAACUACAAGAACGAAUUCCUAAUUGGUGUUCGUAAAUAUUUCUUACCUCAUAUUUAGUUGUUCUCUAGUUGGAUUAUAAUGUAUGGUGACGUUGGACUAGUGAAUUUAGCAUGAUAGAUACCCCUUCUUUAAAAAGAAAAAAGAAAAAGAGAAAAGAAAGGUACAGUUAAUUAGGCAUUGGUUUAUCUUUGCUUUCUAAUUUUUGCCCCUUGUGAUAUCUAUUUGGAAUAGUGUGAAUUCUCAGUGAAUUAUGUUUAUUUUGCAAAAAAAAAAAAAAAAAAAAAAAAAAAACUUUGCAAAUGUUAUACUACAUUUGGAGACAACUAAUUUAAUUUGGAGUAUAAAACAGCACUUAAGAUUUUAUAAAUACAUAGCUUUUGGUCUGAA